UGACUGGUCUCCGAGACGUCACUGCUUCGCGCCGGAAGCCUCUUUUCGUGAUCUCUUCCUCAACACCUACCCCUUCCCGGGCCCCCCAAGUUCGCGGGACAUGAGCCGGAAGAGGCAGCGCCUGGUCCCGGAGACCUUGGGACUGAAGAGGCGGCGGGAACUAGGGCAUGCAGAGGCAGAUCCUUUGAGGGGCGAGGCAGUGACCAGGUGUCUCCGCCCAGGGUCGGCGCGCGCGGCAGUCGCGGAACUGGUGCGGCUGUUCCCGCGAGGCCUGUUCGAAGACACGCUGCCGCCCAUCGCGCUCAGGAGCCAGGUGUACAGCCUUGUGCCCGACCGGACGGCAGCUGACCGACAGCUGAAGGCACUUCAAGAACAGGGGGAGAUCAGAGUCAUCCAGCUGGGCUUCGACUUGGAUGCCCAUGGGAUCAUCUUCACUGAGGACUACAGGACCAGAGUCCUCAAGGCCUGUGAUGGCCGAUCCUAUGCUGGGGCAGUGCAGAAGUUUCUGUCUUCAGUGCUUCCGGCCUGUGGGGACCUUAGCUUCCAGCAGGACCAGAUGACACAGACCUUUGGCUUCAGGGACACAGAGAUCACGCAGCUGGUGAACGCCGGAGUCCUCACUGUCCGAGAUGCUGGGAGUUGGUGGCUAGCUGUGCCCGGAGCUGGGAGAUUCAUUAAGUAUUUUGUUAAAGGGCGUCAGGCUGUCCUCGGCAUGGUGCGGAAGGCCAAGUACCGGGAGCUACUCCUGUCGGAGCUUCUGGGCCGGCGGCCACCUGCCGCGGUGCAACUCGGCCUUGCCUACCACGUGCACGACCUCAUUGGGGCCCAGCUGGUGGACUGUGUCUCCACCACUUCUGGAACCCUCCUGCGCCUGCCAGAGACGUGAGGAUUCUACUUGUUGCAUGCCUCCCCAGAGGGGGUGAGAGGGGCCCAGGGUCACCUUGGGAAAGCUUGGGGCCAGGAUGAGUGUUGGGCUUGUGACCAUGCAAACAAAGGGUCAGACGUGACUGCUGCUGUUUACCUGGGACCUGAGCCAGUGGUGGGGUUUGGGCAAUACUUCUCCGCCCUUCCAUGGAAAUGGAGCCAGAAACUGCCAAGGCCAUGGCUGCUGCCUAUCGUGCAGCAAGGCGCUGCCGUUAACUGUCUUGGGACAGGAAGGUGUGGUUUCCGGGGAGCCGGUGAGGGAGGGCAGGGCACUCUUCACUACAUGUUGGGUUGAAACUGCCAAAUAAAGUACUUUUGCCAGUGCUA